AUGCAUACGGCACUAACAAUACUCCUUUCCAUCCUCCUCCCUCUCGUCCUCGCAGCCCCGCACAUCAGCCCGCGAGAGAAUGGCUGCGAGAUCGGAGCCACGCCGGUGCCGUCCGUCACUUACACUGUGAUGGCCCCCGUGAGGACCAUCAUCAUCGACAUGACACAAGAUGAUGGCUGUCCAUGGCUCGUGGAUGGGUCACGUCCGACGAGUGCGCCUCCGGCGGCAUCUCCAGCCCCCCCCUCAAAUCCCGAAUCAAACCCACCUGGCAGGAUAUUACUUGAUCCCUCAUCAGAGGGUCAGAACCGAGAUCCUGCUCCUACUGCCAGCCCGGAUGGAAGUGUACCAGGGGGUUCAGGAGGAGGAGGCGGCGCACAGCCGAGCCAGUCGCCCUCCGAGGUCAGCCGGCCUACCGGGGCAAGGUCCGGAAGGAUUCCGCUUGACGGCAACUUCGGGCAAGGCAUCCCGACCGGCCCCAUCAGCCCGUCUGCCAACGCCGACGUCCCGACCUCGGCGGUACAGACGCGGACGAGCCUGCCACCCAAAUCGACCGGCGACCGCUUCGUCAUCUUUGCCGGCUCGUCCUCCAAGACCUUCAGCGUGCCAAGCAUCCGUCAAGGUCCGGUGAUGAUUGGUCUGCUAGCCUUCUGGGUCUUUGUCGUGAUGGUUCCUUGA